AUGCACUUGGCACCGCACCGAAUGCCGCUCGCCCGUAUAAAGACGCAGGCCACCUCCCCGUCGACUUGCCUCUCCUCUCGCCCAGCUGCCUCUCAACAAAUCUCGUCAUCCAAGUCUACCGCCCUCCUCUUCUCUUCUUCUUCUUCUUCUUCUUCUUACUUCAACCGCUCGCCCUCUCAGUCGCAGCCAGUCCAUCUCCACGUCCUCCGUGUCCUCUCUUCGACGACCACCUCCAAGCCCAAGCCCACGCCCACAACCACAACCACAACCACCACAAUGCCUGGCUCGUCCGCCUCCGCCGCCGUCUCUCCUGUCCAGCCGCAGCCCGCGGCGGCUUUCGGCCUCGGUGACAACAAGGGCAUCAAAUUCCACAUCAAGACUGGCAACGGCCGCUGGGCCUGCACCCUGCAGGACCGUGUCUCCUACGAGCGCAUGAAGGCUGCCCGCACCAGCUCGGUCGACUCGGUCGACUCGGUCGACUCGAGCGCCUCGUCCAGCUCCUCCGGCAGCGCAUAG